CGGUCAAAAAACACAAGGAACAUUAUGCUCAAGAAUGUGCUUGAUGCGUGUUUUGCUGCAAUGGGGUUCUGGGCGAUCGGGUAUGCCCUCGCUUUUGGGGAGGGAAAUGCCAUGUUUGGAUGGAGACAGGAAGAUGGCGUGCCAGCGCUAUUCAACUCCGAGAAUGAAGUGCUGUUCUUCUUCCAGUACACGUUUUGUGCAACGGCCACCACGAUUGCUGGUGGAGCUGUGGCCGAGAGAACACAGUUUUCAGCGUAUGCACUCUACAGCAUUGUUAUUAGUACAAUCAUCUACCCUGUUGUAGUACAUCUUGCUUGGUCGAGGUCUGGACUGCUGAGCCCCUGGCGCGGCGCCAACAUACUCGGUACCAAUGGAUUCAUGGACAAUGCAGGAUCGGGUGUGGUUCACAUUACCGGAGGGGUGACAGCCCUUAUCUCCUGUUGGAUUGUUGGGCCACGGGUUGGCAGAUUCAACCUGGAGGGGCUCGUGGUGCCCUUCCGGUCGCACUCUCUCGUGUUUACGGCGGGAGGAACGUUGUUUCUGUGGCUCGGGUUUUUCUCAUUCAAUGGCGGUUCAGUCAUGUUUCAGCCGGCCGUGGGGCUACACCAUUGGUAUGUGACCAUCGGGCACGUAUGUAUGAACACGUGCCUGAGCGCAGCCGGAGCAGGAGUGGCGACGUAUCUUCUUGUGCAGACGUCAGACAUAAGCACCCCCUUUGAUCUCCUCAACAGUCUUAUCACUGGCGCCGUUGCCAGUUGUGCACCUGCGAGCCUUAUUUUGCCUUGGGCUGCCGCCUUUGUAGGUUUCUGUUCGGGUGCCAUGUACUUGCUUUUUGCGCGACUGCUCAUGUGGAUGAGGAUCGAUGAUGUUGUAAAUGCUUCUGCUGUCCACAUCGCAGGCGGUAUGGCCGGGAUAGUUGGGGUUGGCCUGUUUGCUACGAGAGAGGGCAUCACAAAUACGUAUGGAAUUAAGGAGCCGCUUGCCAUUGGACUGUGCUACUCGGGAAGCGGCCGGUUGCUUCUUGUUCAGGUACAAGUGUCGGGGUGCGACUUUGCUGGACGGCUUCAAGGCACGCUGUGGCUCAUGGUGGUCAAGUUUGACUAUCCCUCUGCACUUAGUAUGCUAUACGAAAGGCCGCAGAAAGAAUAGCACAGCGUGAUCAAGUUUGACUAUCCCUCUACACUUAGUACGCUAUACUGACUAUCCCUCUACACUUAGUACGCUAUACUCAAGG